GGAGUGUUGCUCUCUAUUGAACACGCUAAAUGCCAAACAUUCGAACAUUCGCAUCAACGCGACAGAGACCUAUAAAUUGCUCAGCAAACGAAGCCGUUGUAUUUCAACUCUUAGCCAUCAUCACUUCAUCAUGUCAAAACAAAGAGGAGAAAAACAUGGCAGAGCACAAUCAGCCAUCUCAAGAGAUGAUGCAAAACGGAUAAGAGACGAUGAGACAAUCGUCAGUGAAAUGUCGGUAGAUCAUUGGUUACCCACAAGUUCAACUAACGAAACAUCAAAGAAGGCAGGAAAGCGUAGACAAGCUAGCGAAGAAGAAGAUUCAGCAACCGAAUUGGGAAACGAUGAUGAUCUUAGUAACACAAUUGAAGAUGAUGAAGAAUGGCUUGCAAAACAAUCUGCUCAAAAGAAAAAUACUGGAAAAGUGGCCAGGACUGGAAAUGUAGAUUCUCCUUCACACCAUAAAAGACGUGUAAAAGGCAGAAAAGAUCCUUUCAUCACCUCACCGCCAGGAACGAAAGCAAGAGGAAAGCGUAUUUUAGACGAUUCAGAUGAUCAUGAGAUUGGAGAUGAAUGGACAGAUUUGAACGGGCUGCGAUGGAGAAUGGGAGACGAUCGGGAACUUAGACGAGAAGCAAUCGUGGUAGAGAUGCGAUUCAAAUAUCCAGAUAUGCCAAAAGAUUCACGUCAUCCAGACGCAAAGAUCAAAAUUCCCGUGCAUGUGGAGAAGUUUCUGACGGAGCAAGAGUACGAUGAUAUGAAAUCGAAAAAGUUACUCGGAUUCCAAGAAUUGGAACGACAGCGUGAAAUCGAAGAAGCAGAAGCAAAGAAGCGGGAAAAGGAAGAAGAAGAAGCCAGGGAACGUCAACGUGCGAUCGCAGAACGUGGAGAUCGCACUAUUGCAACGCCAAAGAAAGUUCGGGAUGUGUAUGCGUUGUAUGACUCCCCGUUCAAACGUCCUUCCAUUUCUCCAUUGAGAGGUGUAUUGCCUUCGCCGAUGCAAAGAUCACGUUCCACAUCUUCGGUUUCUUCGACACACUCUUCCUCCUCAAAAGCAUCUGUUCCACAUAAACGACUUUCCCUCAGCAUGGGGAGCGGGAAUAGCUCUAAAGUAAACCCUCCCGAAUCACCCGAAACGAAGAAAGUACCAAUGUCAGCACCUCCAAAGCGCUCGUCGAACUCCUUACGCAUCCCGCUAUCUUCGCCUUCAUCGCAGAACAAUUCCUCACCUUCGCCUUUAAAGCGCCUUCUGGGAUCACUCGGAAGUGUCGUCGCACGAACAAAGCGAGAAGAAUCUUUGCUCAAGAUCCUAAAAGAGGAGGAUGAAAGGAAGAAAAAGCGGGAAUCAUCCCUUGUCAAAUAAUGCUAAUCAUGCACUUUGUAUUCUAUCACUCAAUAACACCCAUUUGAUUUUCUGCAUUUUUAUUAAAUUCUAUUAUCAUGAUAGCGCUGUGAUUGCGCAUCGACUAUGGUGCAAACAAACAGAUUGCUUGUUGUUUUAGAGUUUCAAUCGUGGCGACAUGGCAUGUG